ACGUCAACACCCGGCGCCUCGGCUGCGGUGUGGGCGGCGGAGCUAGCGGAACCGCGGAGCUGGCGGUGUGCGGCUGAGAUGCCCCUAAGCACAGCCGGCAUCCUGAGCUCCUCUCCUGCCACCUCCAGCAGGUCAAGGAAUAGGCCUCGCUAUCGGACCAAAGCCCUGAGCUCCCAGGUGGAUGAGAGCCUCUUCGGAGUUAUCAAGCCCCUGACCCAGAGUGACAGCCCCAUUGUGCUGCUCCGAGAUAAGCAUGCCAUUCGGAAAACUCUCACUCCCCUGGGCUUGGACCACAAGCCGGAGACCAUCCAGCUCAUCACCCACGACAUGGUCCGGGAGCUCAUCGUCCCCACCAAGGAUUCCUCCGGCAAGUCCCUUAUCAUGAUCCCUGAGGAGUUUGAGCGGACCAAGUGGGCAUCCCAGAUCCUGACUAGAGAAGAACUCGAGGCCAGGGAGCAGGCCUUCAAGAAGGAGAAGGAAGCCAUCGUGGACGCGGUGACCACACGCAAGAAGAUCAUGAAACAGAAGGAGAUGGUCUGGAGGAACAACAAGAAGCUCAGUGACCUGGAGGAGGUGGCCAAGGAGAGGGCCCAGAACCUGCUACAGAGAGCCACCCAGCUGCGGAUGGAGCAGGAGGAGGAGCUAAAGGACGUGAGCAAGAUCAUCCUCAACGCCAAGUGCCAUGCCAUCCGGGAUGCCCAAAUUCUGGAGAAGCAGCUGAUCCAAAAAGAACUCGACGCAGAGGAGAAGCGGUUGGAUCAGAUGAUGGAGGUGGAGCGGCAGAAAUCUAUUCAAAGGCAGGAGGAGCUGGACAGGAAGAGGAAGGAGGAGAGAAUCCGAGGAAGGCGGUACAUUGUGGAACAGAUGGAAAAGAACCAGGAGGAGCGAUCGCUGCUUGCCGAGCAGCGGGAGCAGGAGAAGGAGCAGAUGCUGGAGUAUCUGGAGCAGCUCCAAGAGGAGGACCUAAGGGACUUGGAACGAAGGCACCAGCAAAAGCUGAAGAUGCAGGCUGAGAUCAAACGCAUCAAUGAGGAAAACCAGAAGCAGAAGGCAGAGCUGCUGGCUCAGGAGAAGCUGGCGGACCAGAUGGUCAUGGAGUUCACCAGAAAGAAGAUGGCUCGAGAGGCAGAGUUUGAGGCUGAACAGGAGAGAAUCCGGAGGGAGAAGGAGAAGGAGAUUGCCCGCCUGAGGGCCUUGCAGGAGAAGGCCCAGGACUACCAGGCCGAGCAGGAUGCCUUGCGGGCCAAGCGCAACCAGGAGGUUGCAGACAGAGAGUGGCGCAGAAAGGAGAAGGAAAACGCGCAGAAGAAGAUGGAAACGGAGGCCAAACUGCGGAAGAGCCGGCUGGAGCAGGUGGCCUUCAAGGAGCACGCCUUGGCCGUCCAGGUGCAACGGGACCGGGAUGAGUUCGAGAGGAUUCUUCGGGCUCAGAGAGAGCAGAUUGAAAAGGAGCAGCUGGAGGAGGAGAAAAAGGCCACGGGGCGUUUGCAGCAUGCCAACGAGCUCCGGCGCCAGGUGCGGGAGAACCAGCAGCGGCAGGUGCAGGACCGGAUCGCCACCUUCGAGGAGGGCCGGCGCCUCAAAGAGGAGGCCCAGAAGUGGCGUGAGCGCAUUGAAGACAUCAAGAAGAAAAAGCUGGAGGAGCUGAGAGCCACCGGCCUUCCUGAGAAGUACUGCAUCGAAGCUGAGCGCAAAGCUAACAUCCCAGCAGCCACCUCCGUGAACUGAGGGCACCUCUGGCCCCUCGGGGUGCCUUCAGGGGGCAGGCUCCUCCCAGUCUCUUGAUGUCCAUGACCACAGCUAAUCUAGACAUUUCUAAGUUAGAGAUUAAAUCUAUUCUACUUCUCUAAA